UCUAACAGGAAGUUGAAAUAGUGCAGCCGACGCGAUUGUGUUUUGACGUUUUUAGUUAUCAUGUAGGUCAAUGAUCAAUAGAAUGGAGGGAGAGUUGACGUGCUCGAUAUGUUUAGAGUUAUAUACAACACCGCUGAUGUUGCCAUGUACACAUAAUUUCUGUGAACAAUGCAUUCAGGGCCUCGUACGACACGGCGGUGGAGCAAGGACUUUCGCUUGUCCCACUUGCCGUCGAGAAGUGGUGCAAGACCGUUCAUUUUUGAGUUCUCUCCCUGUAAAUCGAAGUCUUAAUCAGGUAGUCAAGGCCUUCAUUAAGGAGAAGGAAAGUAACACCCUGGCAGCCAGUAUGUGUUUCUUACACAACGAACCCAGAAAUUUGUUUUGUACGACAUGUAAAACGGACAUGUGCCAAAAAUGUCUGCAAAAGGACGAGUCCCAUCUCCGAUUCGGUCACCAUGUGGCGGCUGUUGAAGAGCUUAUCACUGAGGAGAAGAGAAAAUUAAAUCCUGUGGUUGAAGAAGCUAAGAGACUACAAGGAGACAUCCAUGAAAAACAGAGGCAAAUUAAGGCAGAAGAAGAAAGUAUUAAGGAAGAAGUCAAAAGAAAAACUGAAACAAUGCGAAGUAACUGUGAUAUCAUGAUAGCACUGCUGAACAUGAAGAAGCAGGAACUGGAGUCAUCCUUGCAAAUGGCACUGUCUGAAGACCUGGCUCCACUUCAUCAGUUUGCCAGUGAGCUAAGAAAGAAGGAACAGCAGCUGGACAUAAUGCUGAAGGAGAACAAACUGGUCCGCUCGACUGGGACAUCA